AUGAGUUGCAGCUACGACUUUUUGGAGAUCUUAGAGCCGAAUAUAGACAACAUCACAGAACAUGAAGAUUGGUUGGGAACAGAAAAUCACUCUUACAGCUCGGAAAAUGAGGUGUUUGAAGAACUAGAGACGCUGAUCCCAGAAUCGGACUCAAUUAGCGCUGGCUGGUCACGUGAUUCAGCAGUUCGCCGGCGCCGCCUCUGCGGGGACUGGGGUGGAAAACUGAAACUCUUGCGCUAUCAGUCAAGAGGCCAUAUUUUACGAAUUCGCUUUAGAUCUGAUCAUUCAAGACACUACGCUGGAUACCGGGCUAAAGCGACGUUAGCAGACUCACAGUCAUGUAUGGACUCGAAGCAAAUCCUCUUCAAUGGCUACUGUUACCUGUUCUCCGGAUACCCACGGGCCUCUUGGACUACAGCCAAACAGGUUUGCGAAGGCUUAAACAUGCAUUUAGCCUCCGUCCAUACGUCAGAUGAAGAACGAUUCCUUGUGUCAGGCAUCCGACAAAGCAGCGAUUACAGCGCUGGAGCAAUCUACUGGCUCGGCGGUAAUCUAGCUAAUGAAGAACUCAGCUGGGUAGACGGCAGCGCUUUAGGAUACCAAGCAUGGCCACCUUACAACGAUACGGAGGAGUUCGAUGAAGCUUGCUUAGCUGUGCAGUGGAAAACAUCUCCAGUGCCAUCACAGCCCAGCGGGUUGUACUGGUCGCUUCACAAAUGUUCAGUGACUGGAGGUUACGUGUGCAAACGACGUCUUAAACCGGAGUACUUAGUCAAGAAUGAAACGGUUGAAGGAGCUUCUGGUGUAAUAAGCAGUCCACACCACCCGGCGCUGUACGACACAGACUUGGACCACUUCACCUUGAUACGAGGACCUCCAGCCACGCGGUUGGUCUUCAUCUUCCAAACUAUUGAUUUGGAGUACCAGGGCGAUUGUCUAUACGACUAUAUUGAGCUACGAGAUACAAUUAGUAUGAAAUCAUCAAGAUACUGCGGAACAGUGGAAGACGUUAGAUGGGUCUCCUCAAAGAAUGAGGCGCUUUUGCAUUUUCAUUCGGAUUAUAGCGUUCAAGGUUCGGGGUUUCUUGUUAAGUGGCACGCGGUAGAGUUGUCAGGUUGUCCUUCAAAAACAUUCACUUCUAAAGAAGGGGUAAUCACAAGCCCAAACUACCCUCAUUUUCUUUUACCUGAUCUAGACUGUACUAUGGAUAUUCUUGCUCCUACAGGAAAGCGCGUAUUUCUUAAUAUCAGUUACUUCGAUUUCGGCUACGGAUCGUUUUUAAAUGGAAUUCCUCUGAACGUAACAAAUCUUGUCCCAAAAGACAAUUAUCUGGAGAUCCAAGUUGACCCACAAAUAGACCCCAUUCGCCCAUUUCUGGACCCAAAUGUUUUGACCAAUGGAUUGUUUGUUUCCACCUCGGAGGUGAUCCGAUUGAGGCUGAAAACUGGAGGAAAUGUUACUGGAGUUGGCUUUCGGGCACAUUUUAAAACUGUUAGCUUCCUCAAUAUAUCCAACGUGGUGGAAUUGGGUGGCGUCCGUUCUGGCAAGAUCUCGUCUCCCAAUUGGCCAAGCGCUGGUCCUUCGCGCGCCAGAGUCCAGACUAGAAUAAUCGCUCCACACGGAUUUAUUCUUUCUGUGUUCUUUGCAAGUACUGUACUCGUGCCUUACACUGGUGUAUGGCCGUGUGGUGAUGGCAAAGGGUGGAUUGAGGUACAAGAUAGUUACACAGACAACAAUGGGACCACGUGGAUGUUAUGCGAGAACAAUCGACUCACGCGUAGUUCAGAAGCUACCGUUCCUCUCGUUAUCAACUCAUAUCUCCAUACACUUGUAGUCACGCAGCAUUCUGCCGACCGACCUGUUAACAUUGAUGUUUCUUUGAUUGUUAAAAAUGAUCCAGAAUACCACAGUAAAAUUCUCCUUCUCCCAGAUGAGACAAGUAUAGAGUCAUGUUACCCAAACCCUUGUUUGCACGGAGCUCGCUGCGCAAUCGAUGACACCAAGAACUUCUGCCAAUGCUCUGGAUAUUAUACCGGUGUAUUCUGUUUGAUAACUGCCUGCGAGCGAUCGCCUUGCGUGUUCGGAAACUGCUCUCUAUCUGAAGACCCCGACGAUGUCGGUUUCAAAUGCGCUUGCGCACGUGGCUACAAAGGAAAAAGAUGCUCAGAACGAAUACGUCCCUGUGCAUCUAAACCUUGCAAUCAUAGAGGCGCUUGCCUGGAAAAGGAUGGAACGUUUCUCUGUCAGUGCAAUCCUUCUUGGAAAGGAAAACGUUGCGAAAUGCCAAAUCCAACACCGAACAUCAUCGGAUUGGGAGCUAGAAUGAUGCAGGAGCCAUUUUGGCUCGGCCUCUUCGCCGUAUUCUCUGUCUUAGGAAUGGUUGGUUUGAUUUGGUGUGCGAAACGGCAUUUCCCUGAGAAAAUUGAAAAAUUGCUAGCGGAAGAGGCGGACAGGUGUGCAAGACCGGCUGGCGUGGCGCGGGGCGGGCGCGGCACCGGCGAGGCCCGCACUCUGCUCACGCGGCUCGGUAUCCGCAAGCCCUCCAUUUCCGGCCUCGCCCAACCGCGGGCCGCGCGCACCUUUAGUUUGGACGAUCUCUUAAAGCCGCCGCCCGGACGAUCACCAUCACCUCGUAAAAAACGCAACAAUUCAACACCAACUAAGAAAAAUGCAGCUGAAAAGAAGCAAAUUUUACAGCAGCUUAUAAGUCCCGCGGCUGCCAACGAACAUUCAAAAAAAAUUACAAUGUGCGAGUUAAUCCAGAUGUCUGAAAAGAAAACUUUAAGCACAGUAGAGAGUGCUCCUGCUUUUGUACAAUACGGCAUAGAAAAUAAGGAUACGUCAUUUGCAAGUGAAGGCUCCUCUCCUUCUACAUCACCGUCAAUGCGCCAAAUAUCGGAUCCAAAAUUAGAAAAAAAAGUUACUUUCGCUAGAUUACUAAAUAAGGUUUCAGCUGAAAUGAGUUCCAGUUCUGACGCAGACAUGGUGAAUACAAUAGCUAUACCAAUGGCCGUUAUUUCUAAUAGAACUCUAAAAGCUAAGGCAUCCAGUACGCCUCCAUCUCCGGGAGUUGAAAUGAGGUCACCGCAUAGCACAUCAAGCAAUCAAGGAAGUGACUCUAUGUCCAGUUUAGAUUUAACUGCUCACUCCACGCUGAAGAAGUAUUCCAGGACGCCGAAAAUCUCAAGUGCAGACUCAAUAUUAGCGAUGUUUCGAAACUUUUCAUCAUCAGCAGCUCUGACAUCUCGUGCUUCGUCCGGUGGAAUAUCCAUAUCCAGUACACCAACCGCCUCAUCUCCACAAGAUGAUACCAUGGAUGCUGAUGAUGUAUCGAUUAGUUCUUGUCACAUACCUUCCUUAGCGCCUGACUCACCUAUUGCUAGACCUCAUAACACUAUUGAAAUUCAGGUUGUCGAUCCUCUAAAUGCUCACAAGCCAUCAUCAUCCAGCAAUUUGCUACAUCCUCCGUCCAUCCUCCUUGAGGUUCCGAGUUCUAUUAACAAGUGCCUAUCUCCAAUACGAGAGUUACCUACCCCUCUUCCUACUCCCUUACCCACCCCCCUUCCCACUCCACUGCCAUCUCCAAGGAUGGCAAGAGCCAAAGUAGAACCAGAUCGUAAAAGCGAAUCAACGUUAACGUGUAUCUCACCUAGCGAAGACGAACUGGAGGAGAUUAAAACGGAAAAAUUGAGGCCAUAUCCUGAUUUGCGUUUGAAGCUUCGUCGUCCAGAAAUAUAUUCAGACACGCCAACUUCAUCUACAUUAAUCACAGACUCUCCAAGUCCGAGUGUAACGCACAGUCAAGAUUCUGAGCAUGAGAUGUCUUCUCCGUCUCCCGCCACAACAUCUCUUCGAGUUCCGGUUCUUACAAUAGAGAGACCUUCCCCGGGUUCACCUCCACCGAGAAGAACCCCACCACAUCUAGAGUUUCAACCGCCGCCCUUAAUAACGGUUACGUACAACGCAAGCGAAGAAUCUGAUGAACCACUAUCUCCUAGACCUCCACCAUCAUCGUCAAAUAUGUGUUAUUUGAGUCCUUUCUCGAUGGCCGUGCGGGGCGAGCGAGCCCCAUCCGAAUCAAAUCUGUCCUCGUCGGGCUACAGUUCCAUGGCCAGCCCCGGUCCGUCCCGAUGUGGUUCCAGCAACCCCUUAUGUCCUUCGGAAAUGGAGGAUCCGGGCUCCGGUGGCGGUCCUUCGUGCUUUCAAUCUAGACGGCGACCACUAAUGAAAACCAACUCUAGUCCGGCGACAUCCAAUGAAGGCAGUGAUGAUAGGCGGAGAGGUAGAUCCGAUUCUGAAACGUUAUCUGAUGAUCCGUUAUUGGAAUCGAAUGAUGAAGGUAUCGGGACCGAUGAGAGAGUAGAUGACGUGCCUUCGAGUGCGAAAGAAAUGGAGACGCUUGUAGUUUUAAAAGAAACCUUAGAUAUUGCGUUACCGCCCUUGUGUCCGCUUGGUGUAACAAAGUGUACUAUAGUUAAAUGUAUUAGUGUGGAACGUGGCUUAGACGAGAAGGCGUGUCUUCGACCCCCUACGUUAUUUUCUGACUGUAGUCGUCCGUUAAGCCCAGUUAGCUCUAGAAGUGAGAGUCCUCUAAGUGAUAAGACAGGUAUGGGAAGGUUUUCUCCUCAGUUCGGGCGACCAUUACCGUUAACUGAUUCCGAUGGCUUUUAUGACUUUCCCAGUACAGAGAGUGUAAAGGGAAAUACUUGUAAAAGUAGUGGCAGUUCACACAGAAAGGCAGGAAGAAGAAAAGAUAAGAAAACUUCGAGGACAGUGUCGCAUGAAGUGACGGGAACAACGAAAUCUACGCUACCUCAUAUGCCACAUUCCAUGCAUAAUUUGUUGGAGGUACCCUGUUACAACCGAGGCCGCAAGGUCGGCAGAAGACGCUCCCGUUCACAAGUGCCAGCACUUGCUUCUUCGUCAUCAUCAGAGGAAUCUGUCUCCAACGCCUCAGUGGCAUCUAUUGCAUCGGCGAGGGAGCUGAGGCUUCCAGACUUGGACAUGCAGUCAGAGCCGACACGUCUGAAGAAACCGCUCCGACGACAGAAAUGCCGAAGUUCAGAGGACACCACUUCAAAGAUAUCGUCUAGUUUAGAUUUAACUGAGGGAUCUCGGAGACCCGUGAAGGUGAACAAGUUGAGGACCAUUAGUAAUCAGAUAAGAUUUCUCCGUCGCCUAGAAAGAAGUUUAAAAAUGAAGGAAUGCUAUCCUGUAAUAUCUGAUGAUGAAGGGGACGAGUCCUCGAGUGUCACGUCGCCCUUACUCCAGGGCCGGAAAGACCACAACCGAAUGCCGUGUCACGCGAUAUCAGCUCCUCUGUUAAGUGCCGCAAGACCCAAAAUCACGAGACAAAGACGUUACGAUAAGUCGUUCGUUCACGAUGAAACGAGAACGUUAAGUGCUGCUCCUGAUAAUUCAGACUAA